AUGGGGUACACGACCCGGAGGGUUUUAACCGGUACUCAGAAGCAUCAGCUGGUGUGGCUACGAUAUACCGACCAUUAUGCACGUCCCAGUGCGGUAGUGGCUUGCUUUAUCUGCUCUACUGCACAAGGCACGCGCUGGCGCGAGACGUGCUGCAGAGAAUGGAGCGGCGAGCAGCUGCUGGCUUGGUGUUUGCUGCCGCGUGUUUUGAGAAGCAUUCACGCACCAGCUAGCUCUAGGCUGCAAGCGCUUUACGUUUGUCGGAGGGAGGCGUCUGUGCCCGUACGGAGUGACGCCCAGCAAGGGGUCAGCACGGUGCAGCAGCAGCAGCAGCAGCUGCUGCAAACGAAGCGCAAGACCUCGUUCCGAAGAGUCCACUCGAUUCUGCGCACAGCCAUGUCCCGCCAGGAGCCGCAAGCCGGAGACUCGAAGAAUAAAGCACGUGCGGGGAAAGCGCUGAAGGCGUCAGGAACUCGUACGGAUGCAGGAGUAGCGAGCGUCACAAACUGCCUCGCAGCGCUGCUGGCAACGGGGUUCCCCGACCCCGAAACGGUACUGCUGUUCUUCCAAGUGUUGCUGUGCCUAUCUGACGACACAACGACGCAGCGCUCGACACAGUCACGGCGUGCCGAGACUCGAGCGAGAAUCUCCGCGGCGCUGCGCGGGCGUAAAAGGCCACCAGAGGUGUGCCAGCGGAUCGCCGCAUCCUUACGCGGGCGCUCACUGAGCGACGCUCACCGUCGUCGCAUACAAGCGUCGCUAUCGGGAGAGCGCAACCCUAUGUUUGGACGACGGCGCAGCGAAGAGGAACGAGCACGAAUACGGGAGUCAGUGCUGCGGACCCUGGAAGAACGCGGCCGCAAAUCAUCAAAGGCCGCCUCUAGCGAAACACAACCAGCGGAUGCACAAGCACUGGAGCGCCCGGACUCUAUAAACAAACAGCAACAUCAGCGUUCGCUUAGCAAAGAAGCGAAUUCACUGCCGCUCGAUGAACUGGUGCAAGCGAUUUGGCUCCAAGCCCGCGCAGCCGGGGCGCUCCUCGAACACGCGGAGAGGCAAGUGCUGACCGAGCCUUCAAACGCAAGUUACGAGAGGCGUGCUCGCAUUGGACGCGACAACGGGUUUGGCGAUCAGACCAGCGCAGUAGACAAACGGAUGGAUGCGGCCGCUGGAUACAUGCGGGGCGCUGUGGAGUCCCUAGCCUUGUCGCAUCCUGUCCAGCGAAGUGCGCCCUCUUCUGCGCAUCUCGUGUAUACAAGUGCGGAUCUAGCACGCAGAACGCCUUGUACAACCUGCAAUGGUCGUGGUCUCGUACUCUGUCCGCACUGCGUGAAAAGGUUUGGACACAGCAGCAAGACAUGUUCGCACUGCGGCGGGAGCGGUAUGGGGAUAUGUGAUCAUUGUCAGGGCACCCAUGUGGUGAUGCCGUCUGACGCGAAUAGCUACAGAACCUAA